CAAUUACUUCGUGAAGAAUAGUGGCUUGCAUGGCAUCCGAUAUUUAGAUCGUCGACAUGGACUGAUUGAUCGUUAUUCCCGUAUUGCAUUGAAUUGUUUAGCAACAUUCAAUUCAACAACCGACACUACGACAACUACACCGAUCUAUUCAAGCAACAGAUCAUUUAUAUAGGAGGCGUAUGUUUCACGGUCAACUCUGUUUUUUUCGAUAAAUCAGAUUGGGACAAACUACCGUUGACCUACAAUCAAUAUCAAGGAAGUGGUAAAUUGACUUUUGACCUCCAUCUCAAGGAAGGCUACGAUUUUGGUUUUGAAGCUGGAAAAAUGCUGAGUCGAAGAUCUUUCACACUGCUGCUCAUUGGCUUGGUGGUAUCCCAGUUCUUAAUUGUGGAAGCCAACCAGAACGCUCUAAUUAGCAGAAGAGACGGAAAUACACCUCUGCAUAAUGCUGCUAGGUCAGGUAAUGUGGAAGAAGCUCAGAGACUUAUCAAUGCAGGAGCCGAUGUUAAUAUUACAAAUAAUAUAGGAGAUACACCUCUUCACGUAGCUGCUUAUAAUGGUCGUUUGAAUGCCGCUGAUCUUCUAAUUCGUAACAGAGCCGACAUGGAAGUUCGAAAUAGUCAUAAUUUCACACCUAUUCAAUUAGCUGCAGCGAAUAAUCACAGGAAUGUCGUUGAUCUUCUCAUUCGUAGAGGAGCCAGUACUAAUGUUGAAUGAGAUACCUGUUCAACAUGCUGCUUACAAUGUGAAAAAGAGCUGAAUUAACUGAGCUGAAUAAUCGGAUGAUUUGACCAUAACAAAAUUGCUCCUUUGUUCGACCAUUGAUUUAUUAUUCUAUGAAAAAACAGCUCAAGUUAUUUGUCUGUUAAAUUCCUCACAGUAUUGAGUAGAAGAUUUUUUACUUGGAUUUGUGCAACCUUAACCGUUUGUCUAUAACAAGUAUAAAUUGAAAAAUAAACUUCUCACAACU